AUGGCAAACAAGGUUGAGACAUCGGCUUCUUCGAGUUAUUAUGCACUUCUGAUUACUGUCCUUGUCUUUGUUAUUGUUGGUACUUGUUGUGCAGAAGAAAGAUCAGUAUACUUGGUCUUAAUGGAAGAAGAGCCAGUGGCAUUUCAUGGAAGCCAUUUAUCUCAUGAAGGACGAAAAGUACUUGCACUUGACAGUGAAGUUUCCAAGGCUCAUGCAAAGCACUUGGUGGAUUCUCAUGACCAACUUCUGCAAAGCAAUCUAGAAACUGGAAGCUACAACAAGCUCUACAGCUUCAAACACAUUGUUAAUGGCUUUUCUGUUCAUACAACCCCUUCUCAGGCAAACAAAUUGAAAGUUGCUCCUGGAGUGAAGCUGGUGGAGAAAGAUAGAGGAGCCAAAUUGAUGACAACAUACACUCCUCAAUUCCUAGGGUUACCUCAAGAAGUAUGGGCAAAGGAAGGAGGAGACAAAAAUGGAGGUGAAGGGAUUGUUAUUGGUUUUGUUGACACAGGAAUCACCCCAGAACAUCCAAGUUUUACGUAUGAUCCCUUGAAUCCUUUCACAUCAAAUAUUUCUCAUUUUUCGGGUGCUUGCGAAACGGGGCCUAGAUUUCCAUCUAGUUCUUGCAAUGGUAAGAUAGUGUCAGCUAGGUACUUCUCAGCUGGGGCUCAAGCAAUUGCUACUCUCAACACUUCAGUGGACUUCCUCUCUCCCUUUGAUGCUGCUGGGCAUGGCAGUCAUGUGGCAUCAAUUGCUGCUGGAAAUGCUGGGGUCCCAGUGAUUGUGGAUGGCUUCUAUUAUGGGCGAGCUAGUGGGAUGGCUCCUCGUGCUCGAAUUGCUGUUUAUAAGGCUGUGUAUCCAACAGUGGGAACUAUAACAGAUGUGGUUGCAGCAAUAGAUCAAGCAACAAUGGAUGGAGUGGACAUAUUAACACUCUCAGUUGGACCAGAUGAACCACCAGAAGAUACCAUUACAUUCUUAAGUGUGUUUGAUGUUUUCAUGUUAUUUGCUCGACGAGCUGGAGUUUUCGUUGCUCAAGCUGCAGGUAACCACGGGCCAGACUUUUCAACUGUUGUAUCUUACAGCCCUUGGGCUUUAGGUGUAGCUGCUUGCAGCACAGACAGAAGUUACCCCGGUUCUCUUCUUCUUGGAAAUGGGCUAAAGGUUGGAGGCGUAGGUUUAUCAGGUCCUUCUUUUGGAGACGGGGAGUUUCUGUGUAAGUUGGUGCUGGCUAAAGAUGCAGUUAGGGUAAAUGGGGCAUUCCCAAGGACUCCAGCAUAUGUUGAAGAAUGUCAAUUUCCAGAAGCAUUGGACCCUAUUAUUGUGCGAGGACGAAUAGUUAUCUGUAUCUUCUCAGCCGGCUUCUAUAAUGGGACAUCAAACAUCAAUGCCAUUAUUGACACAGCAAGAACUCUGGGAUUUAUGGGUUUUGCUUUUGUUGCAAACCCGGCCUACGGUGAUUUCAUUGCAGAACCUAUUCCUUUUGCUGUUUCAGGCAUUAUAAUUCCAAAAGUUGCUGAUGCACAGAUAAUAUCUCAGUACUACGAGCAAAAUAUCCAGAGGGAUGAGAGAGGAUUUGUGAUUCAAUACUGUGCAAGAGCAGCUAUAAGAGAGGGUAGAGUUGCUUCUUUUGUGGGGCAAGCACCUAUUGUCAGCAGAUUCUCUUCCAGGGGGCCAGAUUUUGUUGACAUUAACAGGAAUCCUGCCGAUGUACUUAAGCCAGACAUUCUUGCCCCAGGACACCAAAUAUGGGCAGCUUGGAGCCCCCUCAGUGCCUUAGAACCCAUACUAACUGGAUACCAUUUCGCACUACUGUCUGGUACAAGUAUGGCAACACCUCAUACAGUGGGAAUAGCAGCCCUUAUCAAGCAAUAUAAUCCUUCGUGGACUCCAUCUAUGAUUGCAUCUGCCAUCUCCACUACUGCUACCAAGUAUGACAAUUAUGGAGAAGUCAUACUAGCAGAAGGAUCUUAUCUUAAUAGCUAUUAUCCGUCCACUCAUUUCGAUCGUGGCGCUGGACUUGUGAAUCCUGCUCGUGCUAUUGAUCCAGGCCUUGUCUUACCCGCAGAAUUUGAAGACCACAUAAACUUUUUGUGCUCAUUGCCUGGUAUUGAUUGGUCUGUGAUCAAUGCUGCAACUGGAGAGAGGUGCAACCGAUCGCUUAGCCAUCCGGCCAACCUGAACCUACCUUCAGUGACGAUAUCUACACUAAGAAACUCUCUAACAGUCAAGCGGAGUCUGAAGAAUGUAGGCAGCAGACCAGAGACAUACACAUGCUCAGUCAUAUCGCCUAAUGGGACCAUGGUAAACUUGUCUCCAACUUGGUUUAGAAUAGCUCCACAAGAAAUACAAGAUAUUGAGAUACAGUUUCGAGUGAUCCAAGCAGGGGGUGAGUUUAGCUUUGGUGAAAUUGUUCUGACAGGAAGUUUAAAUCAUAUUGUCAGACUACCAUUAUCUGUUUUGCCUAUUUCAACAUCAUAGACAUGGGUUGGAAAUGUAUAAGAAAAUAUAUUUGAGGAACAUAAAUUUCUGUUU